UGAUUUUCAAUUUGUCCACAUACGAAUUCAGCGGUGAUUUUCAAGUUGAAAAAUCGUCGUUGAUUUUCUGUAUAAUCGAUUCAUGUUUUUUGGAAAAUCAACGGCAAUUUUACAGAAAAUUAGUUUGCAUUUUACGAAAAACGUAAAAUUCUUGAAAAUCACAUUUUCAAGAAAGUAGAAAAUCACCGAUGAAUUCGUAUGUGGACAAAUUGAAAAUCGUUUUUUAUUUUAUAUAACUUAUUUUCCACUUUACAGUGUAUAAGAGCAUAUAUUGAGACAUAAUAAUAUGUUUAACUGUCUAGGACUAAAUAAUAGAAUAAAUAGUUAAAUAAUAUGUUAAACAAAAAUAGAUUUUAAAAACAAAGUUAGACAAGCUCGUGAAAGAUACCCUCAGUGGAUUUAUAUAUGACUUUUAGACGGUUAGGAGAAAAGAAUUUAUAGCAAGUUUUGACAUGAGUAACUAACAUUGAGCCAUAUGCAGUUUUUAAACGCGAAACUAAAAGGGUUCAUUAGUGAAAAGUAGGAGAAAAAUGUCUUUUUGUCUGUGAAUUUACUAAAAACGCAGAAAAUUAAAAAAGUAGGAAAAGUAGGAGAAAAUCCAGAAAGGAGGACAUAGUAGGACGGUUUUAUAGAAAAGUAGGACGUUUACGAAGCCUGUGAAUUGAUGAUUCGAAAUUUCAGAUUAAAAUAAAAUAAAUAACGGAUGAAUUCAGCCACAAUCAAUCAAUCUAAGGAAAAGAAGGAAAUGUGACAUCACUCUACACAGACAACAGUCCUAAUGUAUGUUAUAUAUAUGUACCUUACAUUGCAACGUGAGCACACACUAUAUAACGUGAAUAAGAAAACAAAAUAGAAAAGAAAAAGAAUUACUUUCAUUGCGUUUGGUGUUAUCGAAAUAAAAAUUAAAAACUUCGUUUAAGUAUGAGUGUUCUAUAAGUCAUAAAAAUAAAACAAAAUUUAGUAAAUUAGUCCCAUUCUACUUUUGCUGAGACUUUUACUAGUAUAAUGAAAUAUAUUCUUGUUACCAAGUUUGUUUAUAUUGUAGACAUCGCCUGUUGGUCCACAUUCACGUAAAAAAGUCUCAUAUUAUUAUGAUUCUGAUGUUGGGAAUUAUUAUUAUGGUCAAGGACAUCCCAUGAAACCACAUCGUAUUCGUAUGGCACAUAAUUUAAUUCUUAAUUAUGGUUUAUAUCGAAAAAUGGAAAUUUACCGUCCACAUAAAGCUGGCACUGAUGAAAUGAAUCGUUUUCACAGUGACGAAUACGUCAAGUUCUUAAGCAAUAUUCGGCUGGAUAAUGUUGCAGAUUUUAAUACACAAAUGCAAAGAUUCAAUAUUCGAGAAGAUUGUCCAGUAUUUGAAGGAUUAUUUGAAUUUUGUCAAAUAUCAGCCGGUGGUUCAUUGGAAGCCGAUAUCGCGAUUAAUUGGGCUGGUGGUUUGCAUCAUGCGAAAAAAUCACAAGCAUCAGGGUUUUGUUACAUCAAUGACAUUGUAUUAGGCAUAUUAGAAUUGCUCAAAAAACUAAUCACAUCUGGUCAUUUAAGACACCAUCAACGCGUAUUAUAUGUUGAUAUUGAUGUUCAUCAUGGUGAUGGCGUUGAAGAAGCAUUUUAUACAACUGAUCGUGUUAUGACUGUAUCGUUUCAUAAAUUCGGUGGAUAUUUUCCUAGAACAGGCGAUUUGAGAGAUAUUGGCGCUGGGUGUGGCAAAUAUUAUGCGGUUAACUUUCCUUUACAUGAUGGAAUUGACGAUGAGUCAUAUGAAUCAAUUUUCAAAACGGUGAUGAGAUUUUCAUAUACAAUGCUCUGGAAGACUAUCUGA